CUCGAGCACCCGCGCGCGAUGGAGGAAGGUGACUGCACGAUCUGCUUGGAGCCGCUGCUGAAAGAGCUGUAUGCGCUACCUUGUGGCCAUGUUUUUCAUGGCCGAUGCAUUGUGGCCGCGCUCAGGUCGAAGAAACAAUGUCCUCAAUGCCGCAGGCAGAUCUCCUCUCAAGAGCCGAUUCGGCUGUUUUUCAAGGUGCCCACCAACGUCGCCAACGACUCCUCCCCAUCCAAAUCACCUUCGUCCCCUUCAAGCCGUCGACUAGAUGACGUUGUGGCGAACUUCGAAACCAAGCUGUCGUUACUUCGGUCGCAACUCCAAGCAAUGCACGCCGAGCAAGAAGCCUCCAAGCACGAGCUCGACAAGUGGGAAGUUUAUGGUGAGCAGUCUCAAGCCGCAUUCAAGAAGAUAGAAGCAAAGGUGUCCACACUCCGCCGGGCCAACGAAACCCUGACAAAGAGCCUGCAUGAUGCAAAGCAGUCCAAUGCAGCGCUAGAAGCGUCGUUGCAGCGAGCAAUGGCCGACACGGCGACACUGCAGUUCCUCAACUCGAACGACUUGGAAGCGCUCGAGGCGGAUCUGGCGAACCCGGCCAUGAUAAUUGCCGCCCUCAAGAAAGCCAAUCGAUUCCGCAUGGUUCAGUACGAGAAAGUUGUCCAGAAGUUGAAUGCAGCCAAGGACGAAGUCAACAAGUUGAAGGCAGCGAGCACGGAAAUGCGCUCGCACGGUGACGUAUCGUCGCCAAGGCGGAAAAUUGCCGUAAAGCGCCCAUUGGCGAAACCAGCAACCAUGCCUGCAUUCAACCUCCACCAGUCCGCGAUGCUCGAGACCUUUCAAGACGUUUUGCCGGCAGUGGCGUCUUCGGCUGUGCACCACGCAUCUCCUCCACCUCCCCCUGCACAUCGUCCACUCGUCUGGACGCACAGACACGACCUGAAACCCAUGGGCAUAACUCCUCCACUGUCGUUGCGACCUCAUGGAGAUUCCAAGACCGUCAGCGACUGUCCGAAAAUGAAGAAGCCUGCCGUCGCCCCCGCCGCCAGCAUUCGUCCUAUCACUACAUGGUUCAAAUAGAGUCGUAUGUCCAAGUGCCAUGAUAACAAACCGUCCGAACGUGUCACUGGGAGACACGUGCGCACAUACGCGAGAUGUCACAUGUCUACAU